AGCCUAAUUGUUCGUCAGAGAACUCCAAUGAAAGCGGAUCCUCCAACAAUGGCAGCAGCAGUAGCUUUGUAGGCUUCUUUUUAGAGAGAGAGAGAGAGAAGCUGUAGCAGUUCUGCAGAAGAGUUAUUCAGUUCAGGAGAAGAAAGACAGAGAGCGGCCAUGGCUUUUUCUAAUGGCGUGAAUGUCCAGAACAAUAGCACUAGCGGAUCUGCUAAAGCGAACCCAGGUCGACUGGCGAGUGUUUACAGCGAGGUUCAGACGAGCAGGCUCAACCAUCCUCUCCCUCUCCCCUCCAUUCUCACCAAACCCUUCAAGCUCCAAGAUGGACCUCCAAGUUCUGCCGCCGGAAAUCCUGAUGAGAUUGCGAAGCUCUUUCCCAAUCUCUUUGGCCAGCCAUCAACUUUACUGGUCUCGAGCGAGAACCGUGCCCUCAGAUCUGAUCAGAAGCUUAAGAUUGGAGUAGUUCUUUCUGGUGGACAGGCCCCUGGUGGUCACAAUGUCAUAUCUGGCAUCUUUGAUUACAUGCAAGGUCUCACUAGUGGAAGCACACUCUAUGGGUUUAAAGGAGGCCCUGCUGGCAUAAUGAAAUGCAAGUAUGUCGAGCUUACAUCAGAUUUUAUCUACCCAUAUCGAAAUCAGGGAGGUUUUGAUAUGAUCUGCAGUGGAAGGGACAAAAUAGAAACUCCAGAACAGUUCAAACAAGCUGAGGAGACGUCAUUAAAACUUGAGUUGGACGGACUUGUAGUCAUUGGUGGUGAUGACUCGAAUACUAAUGCUUGUCUCCUUGCUGAGAACUUCAGGGCCAAGAAUAUCAAGACGCAGGUGAUUGGUUGUCCAAAGACGAUAGAUGGUGAUUUGAAAAGCAAGGAGGUUCCAGCAAGUUUUGGAUUUGACACGGCAUGCAAGAUAUAUGCUGAGAUGAUAGGGAAUGUGAUGACAGAUGCUCGUUCAACGGGGAAAUACUAUCACUUUGUGAGGCUUAUGGGACGUGCAGCCUCACACAUUACCCUGGAGUGUGCUUUGCAGACGCAUCCAAAUGUUACAAUAAUUGGGGAAGAGGUUGCUGCCAAAAAGCAGACCUUAAAAAAUGUAACAGACCACAUUACAGAUGUGAUUUGUAAGCGUGCAGAACUUGGUUACAACUAUGGUGUUAUACUUAUCCCAGAAGGCUUAAUUGAUUUCAUACCUGAGGUUCAACAGCUUAUUGCUGAACUCAAUGAAAUCCUAGCUAAUGAUAUUGUGGAUGAGGGAGGGUUAUGGAAACAGAAACUUCAGCAUCAAUCUCGUCUUCUUUUUGAAUUUCUACCUCAAGCUAUUCAAGAGCAAUUAAUGUUGGAAAGGGACCCACAUGGAAAUGUCCAGGUUGCAAAAAUUGAAACAGAAAAAAUGCUUAUAUCUAUGGUUGAGACUGAAUUGGAGAAAAGAAAGCUGGAAGGCAAAUAUGUUGGACAGUUCAAGGGACAGUCUCAUUUCUUUGGUUAUGAAGGAAGAUGUGGCUUGCCUUCGAAUUUUGAUUCUAUGUAUUGCUAUGCAUUGGGAUAUGCAGCUGGAGCUCUUCUACAUGCUGGAAAGACGGGCCUCAUAUCAUCGGUUGGCAAUCUAGCGGCUCCUGUGGAUGAAUGGACUGUUGGUGGUACAGCAUUGACAUCAUUGAUGGAUGUGGAGAGGCGGAAGGGUAAGUUCAAACCAGUGAUUAAGAAGGCAAUGGUAGAGCUUGAAGGUGCACCGUUCCAAAAGUUUGUAUCCAUGCGAGAUGAAUGGGCUCUCAAGAAUCGAUACAUCAGCCCUGGCCCUAUUCAAUUCUAUGGCCCUGCAUCCAAUGAUAUUAAUCACACUUUGCUGCUGGAGCUUGGAGCCCAAGCAUGAUGAGAAAAUAACAUCUUACUUGUCUGUUAUGUCAUCUUCCAAUGAAGCAAAAUAAGACUCACUCAAAAUGCAAAAAUUGCUGAAAUAUGUUUGGGUGAAAAUGCAGCUUUUCGAUGAUAUGUUCAUCUCUAGAUGAAAUAGAUUAUCGAGAUAUGAUCAUUUAAGUUUUGUUGCAGAGUUGACAUCAUUUAAUCUAUCGAGGGAAUUUUAACUUACUGAAUGUUUCUUUACCCACUAAAAUUAAAUUAUGCUCGCGUGUUUU